AUGUUGCCACGACAGUAUUACAGCGAACAAGACAUAAGAAAACGCCAAAUCGACACGUUAAAGAUAUUCAACGAUCAUGUGACAGAAGUUAACGAAAACUCGGAAUACAGAGUGGAAUUCGUGGCUGACGGCAAAAACAUGAGCUUGUUAGUGAUAUUAGGACCUGAUUUUCCUAAUGAGAAGCCUUCAAUCUUCGUUAAUCCGCCAAUACCUCAUCCUUGGAUCGGAGAAAAUUCGAAUAAAGUUGUUGGUGCUCCUGGAUUGGUAAAUUACACUCUACAUUCGGAUUUGGGUCGUGUAGUCCAAGCGAUUAUAAGGGAGUUUCAGAAAUCAAUGCCAAAGUUUUCCAAUUCUGAUGAUGUGUCCAGAAGUAAUGAUGUAAGUCCGCAGUCAAAUUAUAGCGGUCAAAUGCCAGUUGAGACUUUCAUAGCGAAAUUCGCAGAGAAACGGGGUCUUGGUCAAGCAAGACGCGCUCGGGAAGAAAGGAUCGCUCACCAACUGGCACAACUAGACAGAGCCACGACCAAAAGCUAG